CAGAAGUAUGCUAUAUUUAAUUGUGUCAAUCAUUUCCGUGUUGUGUUAUAUUUUUGUUUAGACUCGUUGAACAUUGAUUGCCUCGAGAUGAUUUUAAGAUAAAUCUUGAGAUCAAUCUAACUAUCGACAAAGGAAUUCGAAAAAAAGGACACACCUGGUUUGAGAGCUACAGCUAUGUCAGCAACUGGAUCAGUUCGUGGAUUUCUUGAGUUUGACGAUCUUUGUCAAGGCAGUCAAGGUUACUCGUACAAUCUUGCGGGAUUGUUUGAAACAUGUGAUCAUGACCAAUUCAGUCGACAUAAGCACACAAUUUCUUUUAAGGAAGCUUUCAAAAGAUUGAAAUUAAGAAUAAAAGAAUCUUUUAUCGCCUUGGAAACACAGACUGAACGAAAAGUUACAGACUUUACAAUUGGUAAGACAUUUGUCAAACAAAGACAGGGAGUUAUAUUUAACCCUAUGAAACCGAGCACAUGGUCACUCGGAGGAGGAAUUAAUGGAAGAUGGCAAGACUACAAGAAUGAUAAUUAUGACGGGCUUAUUGUGUUGACAUGCAUUGAGAGGGAUCUGAUUCCACAACAUACUAAAGAAUGCAACAAAAGAGCGAUUCUGAUUGAUAAGAAAACAAUCGAAGCGAAUCAGCAAAAUUAUGCUCUAGCUCUAGAGCAAGCUUUGAUACAUUUUUAUGUAUUUAUCAAGCCAGACGAAAGAUUGCGAAAUCAGUCAUUCGAUAUCGGCAAUUUGUCAAAGGAACCAUACAAAGGAGGAAUUGUGUAUGUAGCGUAUAAACUUGAGCCAGAACCUUCGUAUUCUGGUGAUGAAUUCGAAGCAAUUUCUAAUCAAGAGUUUGAAAAUGAAGCAGCUAUUGAUCGUCUAAAGCUUCUCUUGGAGGAAAACGGAUUAUACUCCUGCUGUGAUACUACAAAUGAUGGAAACUCUUUCUUCCUUGCAUGCAGCGAUCAGCUAAGCCGUCUUAAGUUGCCUAAGAUGGAUCAUUUACUGCUCCGACAACUUAUUAUUCCGCAAAUGAGAGAUAUGUCUGAUGAAAAGAAAAAAUCGGUCAAUUUAUGCAACGAAAGUUGGGAAACAUACUUAACACAGAUUGAAAAGGAAGGAGCUGUUGUCGGAGAUAUUGUUGUGGAAGCAAUGGCAAAGUUUUUGAGCAGAAAAAUUGUUAUCUACUCUCGUUCGUAUCCCAAUGAAAUACGAGAAGAGAUUGUAAACGAAGAAGCUGGGGUAAAUGGACCUCCACUCUUACUCGGAAAAGAAAAACUAUACUACCAGAGUUUGAAAAGGGGUGAUGGUAACGUCGAUGUUAAAGGAGAAUCACACAUUCUUAAAAGACCUGCACCUACAGAAUCAGCGGCGACUAAUCAACCAUCAACUGAAAAGAAACCAAAGAAAGAGAAAAAGAAAAAAAAGCUCGAAGAUGAACAUAAGAUAUCGAAAUCAAUUACAACACCAUCUGGUGACGAUAGAACAAGAACUGAACCUAAAGUUCAUUUUAUCCCACAACAGCGAAUGGACGAUGGGGCUCAGAUAACUGGCGGCGGAGACCCUUCAAAUAUUUCUUCAUCACAAAGUCUGUCUGAACCGAAAAUACCCGUGUCUGCAGAUCGCAUCGCUUCUUCAUCACAAAAUCCAUCUAAACGUAAAGUGUAUAUGUCUGCAGAUGAAAAGAAGUUAAUACUGAACUCUUAUAUAAAGCAAGAAAUAAAAAGCGACUGGGACAAACUUACAGAAACUGUGUUUUUACAUCGUCAUAAAUGUUUACCACUAAAAACAGUUGGGCAUUACGAGAAAACCCUUACCACUGCCAGCUUAAAGCAGAGAAUCAAAUCUUUUCUCCAGUCUGUGAUGAGAGGAAAGAAGGAAAACGAGAAGGAUCCCGAGGUGGUUCGGCUUAUCAAAGAUUGUAUGAGCCCACACAGAACAAGUCAAUAGAGAAAGUAAUAAUAAUACCUUUUAGUUUUACACAGUAUACUAGAUAUAUGUAGUUUUUAAUCAUAUUAUAGAUUGUAUUCAAAAUUCAAAAGUUUGUAUUAAAUAUAAAAAAAAAACUCAA